AUCAACCAUCUCUUUCAAAGAGUUGUUAGGCUGGUGCUUCUCCUUGGGAAGAAUCUAAUCGGUUGAGCAUCGGGCGGCUUGAAAAUUCAGUCUUGGGCGCUAGAAUAAUUGGCACUGUCAUAGUUCUGUUAAAAUAGAAAAAAUAUAUAAAUAAUUUUUGUUUUAAUACUGUACCUUAAUUUUGGUAAAAAUUAAAACGUCACUUGGCGUUUUAAUUGUGCUUGGUGUUUGAGCGAUUAAUCGUAUAUUGCUUCCAUUCUACAAUAAUCGACAAUGAGCGGACCCGCCAUGCUGUUGUUGUCUGUUUUCGUCGUUUUUCUUGGCUGCACCGCCGCUGGACCAACAAACAAUAGGAAACCAACCCAUAACACCUACAUGGUGACGGCUAUGAAACACGUGACCAUCGGUCAGCCAUUCGACGUGCACGUGCACGUGCUUAACGCCACGUCUUCGGUGCGUUUCAUCGUCCAAGUCGUCAAACAGUGGGCCAACAACUCAAAGACGUUCAAAUCAAACGUCAUGACUCGAAGGGUGGACGCUGUUACAGGUGAACAUAAGACCGUGACGUUAAAGAUACCUCGGGGAGACGUACAGAUAGGAAGCUACAUCCUGAAAGUGCGGGCGAGGAAAGGUUUAGUCUUUGAGAGAGAAUCGCAUCUCAUCAUCAACAACAAAAUCGUGUCCAUUUUCAUCCAAACAGACAAGGCUAUCUACAAGCCUGGCCAUGUCGUUCACAUGCGAGCGUUUGCAGUUUACCCGAACCUAAAGCAGUAUUAUGGACCUAUGGAGAUAGUCGUAACUGAUCCAAACCAUAACACAAUCAAGCACUGGAAAGUAGAAAGUGUGGCCCAUGGAGUGGUUUCUCAACAGAUGAUGUUAUCAAGCCAGCCCUUGAAUGGUGACUGGAAAAUCACCGUUACCUUGCCAGAAUUUGAAAACACAAGGCAAAGCAAAAGUUUUACAGUGAGGCAAUAUGAGCUGCCUAAAUUCGAAGUGACCAUCGACGUACCUCCCUUUAUGUUGUUGUCAGAUAGCGAUUUAACUGGAACCAUUAAGACCAAGUAUACCUUUGGAAAGCCCGUGAAAGGCAUGGCGGAACUGAAAGUAUUCAUUGGUCAAAUCAGAGACAGUUGCGGGAACUAUCGGAGAUCGGUGAACAAAGCAUUCCCAAUUGACGGCGAACAGGAAUUCAGGAUUGGCAUGCCAGAAAUUCGGAAACUUUCCUACAUAUCGGGCACCACCAAACUGACAUUGGUAGCGUACGUUACGGAAGACCUUACCGGGAAAACUCUGAAUGGAACAGGCUCGUUGAAGAUCCAUGAGCACCCGGAGAAGAUUGAGUUCCUAGACUCCACGCCAAGCUCCUUCAAACCAGGACUUCCAUUCAGGGCUUAUGUCAAGGUCGCCCGCCAGGAUGACACACCAGUUGAAGAUGAUACAUUCGGAAUCGAGGUGUUCACGUGCGUCGACUAUGAGCGGACCGAAGCGCACCAAUCAAAAUACGAGUGUUCCACGUUCACCGGAAGUUAUUCUUUACCUGCUAAGAAACUCAGCAUACCGGCCAAUGGAAUAAUCCCGAUAGACAUGGAUAUUCCAGUCAACACAACCAACAUUAAAAUGAGGGCUUAUUACAAGGACAUCUUUUGUUACCGCCACACUCCUCAAGCAAAGUCACCAAGCAAAACAUUUGUUCAAGUCAAACUAAUGACUGAUACGCAGUCUAUUAAGGCCGGAACGACAGCCAAGUUCAGCGUGCUUGCAACCCAAGUACCUAAACGAGUGUUCUAUCAGAUAAUGUCCCGCGGAAGGACCGUGAUCAGUGGCUCGGUGGCAGGGACUGAGACAAAACACCUCACGUUUGACGUCAAUAUAACGGCCACGAUGUCACCCACGGCCAGCGUCCUUGUACACUUCGUCAGGAACGACGGCGAGAUCGUGGCAGAUUCCAUCAGCUUCAACGUUGACGACAUUUUUGAGAACAAGGUCUCCAUAAAAUUCAGCCAAGACGAGGCUGAGCCACAUACUAGAAUGGAUGUCAUGGUAACCGCAGACAGCAUGUCCCAGGUCAACUUACUGGCUGUGGAUCAGAGCGUGCUUCUGUUAAAAUCUGGCAACGACAUUACUGUUGAUCAGGUGACGGAUGAACUGAAGACAUAUGACAGAUCGGCACCACCGGACAUAAGCCCCUACUACUCAGUGUCGUCUGCAGCUACCACGGCGUACGAUAUCUUUAAGAAUGCUGGAGUGUUGGUCAUGACUGAUGCUAAACUGCACCAAUCAAGAAGGAAUGUUUACCGUGGAUAUUCACCUCCAGGACCUUAUCUUCGCACGGGUGUACAAAUUCCAGGCCCAGCUCAGUAUUCAGAAACAGCUGCCGAGCAUGCCACUAUCGCCUCAGAUUCAGCACCAGUGUUGAAAGAGGUGGACAGAAUCAGAGAGAUAUUCCCAGAAACCUGGCUGUGGACCAACACCACGACGGGCGCUGACGGCAUGGCAGUGAUUAACACGGAAGUACCAGAUACCAUCACCUCCUGGAUUGCUAGUGCAUUUGCCCUCAACGCCAAGUCUGGUCUUGGAGUAUCUCCAACCACAGCAAAGCUUAGAGUUUUCCGUUCAUUCUUUGUGAGGCUGACUUUGCCUACAUCAAUCGUACGAGGAGAACAGGUUGUCAUUCAAGCCAGUGUAUUCAAUUAUCUCGGCAGCGAUGUGUCCGCUACAGUACAGCUGGCGGGGUCCGGAGACUUCCAGAGCAUCAUGUACGAUGAUAAUGGGGAAGAGGUUCUCACGUCAGGGGACCAAAAGAAAACCGUGAUGGUAACAGAUGGUGAGGCUGCCUCCGUAUAUUUCCCAAUAGUUCCCAACAAGCUGGGUAAGAUUGAUAUCCAAGUCUCUGCACGAAGUCCAGCUGCUGCUGACGCUGUAAAACAACAACUGCUCGUCGAGCCCGAGGGAGUGAAACGUGAAGUAAAUAUUCCGAUUCUGGUGGAUCACACAGACAGUUCAGAAACCUUCAGUAAGGUGUUAGAACUAGAGACACCAUCAUCCUUAGUUCCUGGAUCACAACGUCUACGAAUCACAGCUACUGGUGAUCUGCUGGGACACAGUAUUGACGGGCUCGACUCCCUUCUGUCGAUCCCUGUGGGGUGUGGCGAGCAGAACAUGCUGAAGUUCGCCCCCGACGUCUUCAUUGCCGACUACCUGACCACCACCAAACAGAUGACCCCUGAACUCAGCAACAGAAUCACCACCUACCUGGAGCUGGGUUAUCAAAGACAGCUGUUCUAUCAGAGAUCAGACGGUUCCUUCAGCGCGUUUGGAAACAGAGAUGAGUCGGGAAGUACAUGGCUUACAGCUUUUGUACUGAAAGGUUUCCAGCAAGCCAAACGCUACACUUUAAUUGGAAAUGCCACCAUUGACAGAGCGCUGCACUGGCUAAUCGGAACACAGAAUACCGAUGGGUUUUUCAACGAACAGGGCACAAUCCUUGAUGUUAACAUUAUGGAUGAUCAAGGUAGUUACAUAGGACUGACUGCUUAUGUUCUUACAGCCUUGAUUGAAAACAAAGAUCAUGAUGGAUUCUUUGUGAAGAAAGAGGAGAUAAGGAACGUGACGACCAAGGCCCUCCAGUAUCUGGAGAUGCACACACAGAAUAUCGAGAGCAACUACACACUGGCUCUAUUAGCCUACACCCUGAGUCUGGCAGAGAGCUCACACGCUGGCAACGUGUUUGGAGAGGUCUUAACACGCGCAGUCCGCACGGAUGGCGGCAAAAGACACUGGAUUCAUAUUGAUAAAUCAGACAAAGUCCCCAUUUAUCUAAGAGAAAAUACAACUCCGACCCGAGCCAAGUCCAUUGAUAUUCUCAUUACGUCAUACGUUCUGCUGACGUACGUGCAGCGUGGCGAGAUCUCCCGGGGAACUGACGUCAUGCAAUGGAUUACGUCACAGAGAAAUCCACAUGGUGGAUUUGCCUCUUCGCAGGACACGGUGGUGGCACUGGAAGCGUUGACGAAAUUUGCUGCCGUCGCACGACCUACAAACUUCCAAAUAAAUGUCGCCAUUACAGUUGGACAGCAGACGAUAGAAAUAAAUAUCGACGAUAGCAAUGCACUCGUGAUCAACAGUUAUGAGUAUGAAGACAUACCUAGGAUAAUCGACAUUGUGUCAACAGGACGAGGCAUGGCAGUAAUUGAGAUUGGACUGUUUUAUAACAUUGAGAAGGAGGAUUGGGGUGAAUCGUCUUUUGAAGUGAACACCGUUCUCAUCGACGACUACAUUGACGGCUUUACCCUGAUGACAUGUUCCAAAUAUCUGGGCGAGGGACAGACUGGGAUGUGUAUUCAGGAGAUUCAGAUACCCUCAGGUUUCGUGGCCGAUCUCACGAGCCCUGGAAACAUUGCAGGCUUGAAGAGACUCGAACAAAGAGGGUCUGAUGUGGUCGCCUACUUCGACCAGAUUGGAAAGACCUCCACCUGUAUGAAGUUGGCGUGUUCCAGAACCAGCAUGGUGGCCAAAGCACAGCGCUACCACGUUACUGUGCAGGCGUACUAUGACCCCAACAAAAUCCAAACAGUUUCCUAUCAGCCACGAAAGCUGAGAGAUUCAACAGUAUGUGAUUUGUGUGAGAAUUGUCCGGAAUGUGCUAUGGUAAAAUGAGAAAUCUUUCCCUGGAACUGCACAUCUAUUUCUACAAAUACUGUCAAUGAAUUAGCGGACCUUUCUUCUUUAUUUCUCCUAGUAAUGUUCCUGUUAAUUGCAAUCGCAUUAAUCAAGAAUUUCUCGCUUGGAUCAUUUCACCAAUUAAUUGAGUAUAAAUGUUACUAACGAGAAUUAGGCCAAUAUAAAUUAACUGCAAGAUUUUCAAUAAAACAUUUCUUAUUAAA